AUGCCCACCGUGGAUGACAUCCUGGAGCAAGUCGGCCACUUCCACUUCUUCCAGAAACAAACCUUCUUCCUCCUGGCGCUCAUCUCUGCAGCCUUCACGCCCAUCUACGUGGGCAUCGUCUUCCUGGGCUUCACCCCCGACCACCGCUGCCGGAGCCCUGGCGUGGCCAAGCUGAGCCAGCGCUGCGGCUGGAGCCCGGAGGAGGAGCUGAACUACACGGUGCCGGGCCUGGGCGCCGCCGACGGGGCCUUCGUCCGCCAGUGCAUGCGCUACAAGGUGGACUGGAACCAGAGCUCCCUGGGCUGUGUGGACCCACUGGCCAGCCUGGCCCCUAACAGGAGCCACCUGCCGCUGGGCCCCUGUGAGCACGGCUGGGUAUAUGACACGCCCGGCUCCUCCAUCGUCACCGAGUUUAACCUGGUGUGUGCCCGCUCCUGGAUGCUGGACCUGUUUCAGUCGGCAGUGAACAUCGGCUUUUUCAUCGGCUCUGUGGGCAUCGGCUACCUGGCAGACAGGUUCGGCCGUAAGCUCUGCCUGUUGAUCACAAUCCUCAUCAAUGCUGCAGCCGGGGUCCUCAUGGCCGUUUCUCCCAACUACACCUGGAUGGUGAUUUUCCGCUUGAUCCAAGGGCUGGUCAGCAAAGCAGGCUGGCUCAUAGGAUACAUCCUGAUUACAGAGUUUGUCGGGCUGAAUUAUCGGAGAACGGUGGGGAUUUUAUACCAAGCGGCCUUCACCGUGGGGCUCCUGGUGCUGACCGGGGUGGCCUACGCCCUCCCCCGCUGGAGGUGGCUGCAGCUCACGGUGACCCUGCCCAACUUCUGCUUUCUGCUCUAUUACUGGUGCAUCCCUGAGUCGCCAAGGUGGCUCAUCUCCCAGAACAAGAACGCCAAAGCCAUGAGGAUCAUAGAGCACAUCGCAAAGAAAAACGGAAAACCUCUGCCUGCGUCUCUUCAGAGCCUGAGAGCGGCCGAGGACGUCGGCGAGAAGCUGAAUCCCUCCUUCCUCGACCUGGUCAGGACCCCCCAGAUAAGGAAGCACACCUGCAUCUUGAUGUACAACUGGUUCACGAGCUCGGUUCUCUACCAAGGCCUCAUCAUGCACCUGGGCCUUGCAGGGGGCAACGUCUACCUGGAUUUCUUCUACUCUGCGCUGGUGGAAUUCCCGGCCGCCUUCCUCAUCAUCGCCACCAUCGACCGCGUCGGCCGCCGGUACCCGUGGGCCGUGUCCAACAUGGUGGCAGGGGCUGCGUGUCUAGCCUCGGUGUUUGUCCCUGAUAAUCUGCAGGGGCUGAGGAUCGCUGUGGCCUGCUUGGGCAGGAUGGGGAUCACCAUGGCCUAUGAGAUGGUGUGCCUGGUCAACGCCGAGCUGUACCCCACGUUCAUCAGGAAUCUUGGCGUCCUGGUCUGCUCCUCGCUGUGCGACAUCGGCGGCAUCAUCACACCCUUCCUGGUCUACCGGCUCACGGCCAUCUGGCUGCAGCUGCCCUUGGUGGUGUUCGCGGUGGUGGGCUUGGUGGCAGGAGGACUGGUGCUGAUGCUGCCGGAGACCAAAGGGAAGGCCUUGCCCGAGACCAUCGAGGAAGCCGAAAACCUGCAGAGACCAAGAAAAAAUAGAGAAAAGGUGAUUUACGUCCACGUUAGGAAAGCGGACGGUCCACUAACGUAA